AUGCAUUGCGGUCCUGUUUGUGAGAGCAACACAUCCACAGACCACCGACUACCAAUAAGCUCAGAUCAAAAUACAAACACUGAUGGAACGGCUAGAGUCACAGUAAUUGGUGAUACUCAUGUUUCCGAUAAUGUUAUGGACUUCUUAAGCCUAGGGCCUUCAUUUUCGAUAGCUCAGAAUGUCAAUGGGGCGGUCUUUCGUAAAGUUGUAGGAGGCCUUCAAAGACUUAGAGACCAACUUAGGAUCCCUGCUUACAAACAUGAAAACACACCACAAUCCACGUUUGUAAGCAGGAAGCUACUUCCAUCUGUCUCGUUCCCCCGUACUUUUUGUAAAGAACCUGAACCAGUUCGUGAAGCCGAUGUAAAGUUUAGAAUUGUAUCAGCGGGAGUGCUAGCCACUUUCAACCAACACCGAAAUCAACGGCAUAGAAACUUAACAAGGCAUCAAUGGCAAGGGUUCCGAGAAGUUCGUGAAUUAACAUCUAACGGGACACUGCGUAUCUCGGUGAGCGACAAGGGAGGAGAGUUUGUAGUUAUGCCACAAACACUAAAUCGAGAAAUAACGGAACGACAUUUAAUGGAUAAUAGUAUUUAUCGCCGAGUUGCAGAAAAAGAGUUUACUGCACAAUAUAAACGUCUGAACCAUGUUUGGAUGAGCGUCGGUAAGGCUGCUGGGAUUGACGAAAGAUUCCUGAGCAGGUUGAAAGUAGUAACAUCCUAA